AUGAAGCCUGUCAUUCUUUCCCUAUUUCUGGUCUUCGUGGGCCUGGUGGCUGCUUUUACCAAGGAAGACUAUGAGAUCUUCCGUCUACGGGAUGAGGUCGCUACUGGUGAAGGUGAAAAUGUGACCUUCUACGACUUCCUCGGCAUCCGUCCAAAUGCCAAUCACGAUCAAAUCACCAAGGCUCAUCGCCAAAAGUCGCGUACCCUCCACCCUGACAAGGUCAAGCGCGCCUUUGUGGCCAACUAUGCCACCGAUAAGUCCAAGUCUAAGACCACUAAGCCCGGCGUCCAUGUCAAUUCCGGUCCCUCCAAGCGCGAGAUCGAAGCCGCCGUCAAGGAUGCCAAUGCCCGUUCUGCUCGCUUGAACACCGUGGCCAAUGUCCUGCGUGGCCCCGGUCGUGAGCGUUAUGAUCACUUCCUCAAGAAUGGAUUUCCCUUGUGGAGAGGUACUGGAUACUACUACACCCGGUUCCGCCCCGGUCUGGGUUCCGUGCUGGCUGGUCUGUUCCUGGUAUUUGGCGGUGCGGCGCACUACGGAGCUCUGAUCCUGGCCUGGAAACGGCAGCGGGAGUUCGUCGACCGAUACAUUCGUCAGGCGCGUAGGGCGGCCUAUGGAGAUGAAAUGGGUAUUCGUGGCAUCCCUGGAAUUGACUCGAUCGGCUCCUCUGCUCCCGCCCCCUCUUCCGAGGGCGAGCCUACUGCCAUGUCAGUCAACCGUCGCCAGAAGCGAAUGAUGGAUAAGGAGAAUCGUAAGGAGAAGAAGAGUGGACGGGCACCCGCCCGUAGCUCGGGUACUUCCACGCCUACCGAGCAGACAGUGGUGUCGACUGGAGAGCGCAAGCGGGUCGUUGCGGAGAACGGCAAGGUCCUCAUUGUUGAGGCAACGGGAAAUGUUUUCCUGGAGGAGGUAAAUGAUGAUGGUGAACGGCAGGAGUUCCUGCUGGAUAUUGAUGAGAUCCAGCGGCCUACCAUCCGUGACACCAUUGUCUGCAAGCUCCCUAUGUGGUGCUUCCACAAGACUGUUGGCCGAGUUCUGGGCUCCCCAGUUGAAGAGGAGAAUGUUGUGGAGACUGAGGAAGCCGAGGAGUCGAUUGAUACCAGUGAGACUACCGCCACUUCGAGCGAACGGUCGACUCGCCGACGUGGCAAGCGGACUCAGCGAUCAUAA